AUGUCACUUUUCCGCUAUAAUCCUCGCGAUUAUUUCUAUACCUCACCGAUGGAACGUUUCAUAGUGAAUGCGCUUGAUAACGCUUUCGGUGAUAAAUCUUCAUACCGACCGCUUCAAAGUGUCGCACCAUACUGGCUACAUCAGCCGGCGUUGAAUGAAUGUAAUAUUGGAAAUGCGCUUGGCGAGGUAUUAGAUGAGAAAGAUAAGUUUACAAUUCAAGUUGAUGUUUCUCAUUUUCAUCCCAAGGAACUUUCGGUAUCGGUUCGAGAUCGUGAAUUAACUAUUGAGGGUCAUCACAAGGAGCGUUCUGAUCAGUCGGGACAUGGUAGUAUCGAACGUCACUUCGUUCGGAAAUAUGUUAUGCCAGAAGAAGUGCAACCUGACACCAUCGAGUCACAUUUGUCCGAUAAAGGAGUGUUGACAAUUUCUGCAAGCAAAACAAUUGCCGGCUUACCUGCAGCACGCAGCAUACCUAUUCGGGCAUCCCCAAAAGAACCGGAAGCAGGUGAGAAAUCGACAUCGGAUGGCACAAAGCAGUCAAAGUGA